ACGAGAUCCGAAGAGCUUCUGGGAAAAUGUUCUUAUUGGAAGUGGGAGGCCGGACAGCAAUGACGUACGUCGAGCCGAGAUACUAGAGCGGCUGGCCCAAGACGUUCGGAACACGGGCGCACGUCAAGCAGUUACACUCCUGAUUCUUGCAACUGAUACUAAGCCUGCUACCGGAUUUGUUUGAGCUUUUACUGGGAAGUCUGGGCAGUUGAAGCAGGCCGAACGAAAGGUGUUAAGAGCUAAGAAUACAUGCGAAAAGAAAGCCAUGGUCGACGAAAAUCUUAAGCGAAAGUGUGGCGAUAGAUUCGCGAAACUUGGUGUAGCAGGCACGGUGUUUGUUAGUUUCGAAUCGAGAUUAGCCCUGCUUGAUCUCCCGGAAACUAGAGAUUCUCUUGGGCCACUUACCGAUGCUUUCUGGGGCGUUCAUCAAUCUAUUGCUGCUGUUCAUGGAGAGCUCGGGAAUUCUGACCACGCGUCGUCAGCGGAUCGAUCAAUCACUUGCACAACAGAGCCACAAAAUCCUCGCCCGGUAGCAGGUACCGGGGUCACCUUUGAUUUCAGCCUCACAGCGUCCCCUGGCGUUAUGAACAGUUCCGCAAACUUCAGUCGUCCGCCCCUUGAUGAAUCAUGUUCUAGACUUCCAGAGCAUUCUAACGACACCGUCAGGCGGGACGUUGCCGUGAGUGAUGAUAUGCCUAUUGACGGAUACCACAGUGGCAGCAAUCUCGAUUCCGUCGCACCUAACCUGACAGAAGAUGCAUUGGACCCCCCUGUUACCAACGUUAAUCCUGAGUCUACCUCCCUCGAGAGAUUGGGCUCUGGAACCGACGAUCACUCGCAAUUGAGCGGCAAGAGUUUGCCUACCCCGGGACUCCUUGAUAUCCGCGCUUCGAAGUCAUCCGGGAGUACCUCUUUGUCACUUCAACACACUUAUGAUUCUUCUGAUAUAGGGUCGGUACACACAUCACCUGACAAGUCACUCUCGAACGAAGCAGAAUGUAGCUCCGGAACAUCCCAAAAGAAUUUUGGCUUGAAAAAGCUCAAUAAUUCGAAGCUCCAUUACAUUGGUGCGCAGAUUGUUGAUCCGCGAAUACCAAGCGACACUUUUAGCGGAUUAAAACGACUUCGAACGAACGCUAAUGGAAGUUCCUUAAUAUCACCAGAGAGCUUCACGAAUAGAUGUAUGGAAUAUCCUCAAUCGAACUUACCUGACCGAAAUGGGAUGCAACAUACAGGCGGUCUGACCAGACUUAAGUCGUUCGCUCCUAACCCAGACCAGCUUACGUGGUCCACCAACGCUGUUGCAAGUCGAACUCGGUUCGAGGACAAUUCUAUAUCGAACGAAGAAUGGAUAGAAAGCACCCUUCCACCGUCGACAUCGCAACAAGGCCCCUGGGCCUCCUCUUACCCUUUCCUCCAGGCUCCUGUAGUCAUGCCAUACGAGUCACCAAUCUUCAUACACGUCCAGGAGGGUAAUAUCGCGGAAUCGAUGAAGCUCAUCACUUCGGGUCUCGUAUCGAUUCAUUCGGUCGAUCCUUAUGGACUCGGUCUUCUUUACUAUGCUGCAUACUACUGCUUGCAUAACUGUGAUCUCAGAACAUCGCUUCAAAUAUGUCAUAGUCUCCUGAAGGCUGGUGCAGACGCUACUUACCCCGAUGAUAUUGGAAAUACUCCAUUGUACACAUCUGUAGAUAAUGUUCUCGCAUUGAGAGCGCAAGCCCUCAUAAGUCCAAAAAUGGCAAGGAAAAGUAUUCAACUGAUCGGCAAAAUAUUCAAUACGCCAACUCAUGAACUCUGCACGAGCUACCACAGUUCAAGACAGUUUUCCCCUCAGCAUAAGGCACUUUUGGCGUUACCAUGGGCAUCAACUCAAGAAUGCAAUCUAGAGCGGACGCUUCCUCAAAUUCCUCACAACGCAAGAAUGGCAGAGAUAGAUGACACGGAUUGCACAGGUAGAAGUGCAUUGGCAUGGGCAGUCGAAUACGGCUGGCCAGAAGCAGUGGAAACUUUAUUACGUUUGGGAGCUGAUGUACGUCAAACACGGCAGUCUGGAAAGCGCGUUAUGCCUCUGUUACAUCUUGCGAUUGCAGGACCUAGGAAAUCAGAAACGAACAGAAUUGCCGUCACCCAGAUCCUCCUGCAAGGCGGGGCCGACAUCAAUGCCAGGGAUGACGGGCAAUGGACCCCACUGCAUGUAGCCGCAUCUUGGGGCUUGGAAGGGGUAGUCAAAGGACUACUCCAAUCUACUCAUGGCACUGCAGAUGUCGGAGCUCUUGAUAGUUACGGUCAUACAGCCCGCGAUAUUGCCUUAGGGGCAGGAUUUACUGGUUCUAUGUUAUGUUUUUAA